AUGGGAGGUGUUCUGAAGCGGGACAUCUACAAUCUACUUUUUCCCGGAAUCACAAUCGACAAGAUCAGUCCACCAGAUCCGAACCCUUUGAAAGAAGUAGAGUACUCCUGCGUUUAUUGGAUAAAUCAUUACUGCGACUUUUAUAAAGCCUAUAUGUGUACGGCCGCACAAAACAUUCCUAGCGACAGCGCAAUUAUUGUCCAAUUUCUCCAGGAAUUUCUACUCAACUGGUUUGAAGCAUUGAGCCUAUUGCAUCGCCUUGACGACGGAGUUCGCUCAAUAAGAAGGCUUGAGCAGCUUCUAGAAGAACACAAAGAACCAUCCUCGCGACAACUCAGUGCGCUCGUUUAUGAGUGUCGACGUUUCCUUGUCCAGAAUAAAUGGAUGAUUGAGAAAGCUCCACUGCAGACGUACGUUUCCGCUCUCUUAUUUAGCCCAAGCGAGAGCAACAUACGUAAAAUUUUCCGGAACGAAGAGCCGAACUGGAUAGGAAUCAAACCCAGAGUUGAGAACAAAUGGAGCCGAUGCCUCCAGACUUUACAAGGCCACGAAGGUGCGGUUUGCGCUAUUGCGUUCUCCUGUGAUUCGAGACUGCUGGCUUCUGGAUCUGAUGAUUUCACAAUCCGGCUCUGGGAUCCAGAGACAGGCGCAGAACUACAUAGAUUGAUUGGCCACAAGAAGCGGAUUCACUGUAUCGCCUUCUCGUGGUAUAAACCAAAUCUGUUGGCCUCUGCAUCUUCUGAUGGCACGAUCCGCCUUUGGGAUCUGGAGACAGGCACAGAGUUGAAGAAGCUGCAAUCCGCUGGGAGCUGUGCUACCUCUGUCAUUUUCUCACGGAGAAAUUUAAAUGGUCUAGCAUCAGGGUCAGAUUAUAAGACUGUCCGGCUUUGGGACCUGGAGACAGGAUUAGAAAUACUGAGGUUAAAUGGCCAUACAGGCUUCAUAUUAUCAGUCGCCUUCUCAAAUCAUAACACAAACUUGUUAGCUUCCGGAUCUUCUGACGGGUCAGUCCGGGUCUGGGAUCUAGACCAAGGAUCUACGCUACACGUGCUGAGGGGCCACGGGGAUUGGGUCAAAUCUGUUGCCUUCUCGGACAGUUCCGAAGUGUUGGCUUCUGCAUCUGACGAUCAUACGAUCCGACUCUGGGAUUCUAAAACAGGCUCGGCAUUGAGAACCCUAGAGGGCCAUAGCGAUCACGUUCAGACGAUUUUCUUCUCAGAUAAUUCGCAUAUUUUAGCUUCUGGGUCGGAUGAUAAGACUGUCCGCCUCUGGGACACCAAGACAGGAUUAGAGCUACAGAAGCUAGAGGGCCAUGAUAACAACAUCGGAUCUGUUGCAUUCUACAAUAACUCGAAAGCGUUGGCUUCUGGGUCUAAUGAUUGCACGAUUCGACUCUGGGAUCUAGAGCCAGCCUCAGAACCAGAGAAGUCAGCGGGGCACGAAAGCAAGGUUGAUGUUGUUGCAUUUUCACAUGAUGCUAAGAUUUUAGCUUCUGGAUCUCAUGAUGGCACAACCCGUCUUUGUGACCCAAAUACAGGAUCAGAGCUUUGCGUAUUAUUUGGCUACACGGUCAGAGUUACGUUUGCUGCCUUCUCACGUGAUUCAAAAAUGCUCGCCACUGCAUCUUUGCUUGGGGUAGUCAUGAUUUGGGACCUAGAGACAGGUUUGGAGUUGCCCAGCUUUGAUGACUAUCGUGCGCCAGUUGCGUUCUCAUACAAUUCAAAACUACUUGCCUCGGGGUCCGAAGAUGGAACAAUCCAGAUCUGGGACCUGGAGAACGGCUCAAGGCUACACAGAUUAGAUGGAUCUGACGUAUGGGGCGUAUCAAUAAUUUUUAAGUCGGUUUCUUUUUCACUUGAUUCAAAGCUUCUUGUCUCUGGAUCGUAUGAUGGAACAGUCCGGAUCUGGGAUCCAGUGAAGGGCUCAAUGCUGCACGAUCUGUAUUUUGAGGGCGGGUCAACUCGGUCUGUUUCCUUUUCACUUGACUCAAAGCUGCUAGGUGUUGAAUUUUAUGAGGGACCAGUUCAGCUUUGGAAUGCGGAGACGGGCACGGUCUCAGAGUCCUCCCAAGCUACACGCCUACAUCAGAUCCAAGGAUUCCAAAAAUCUUUAUUGACCCUGGACGACGAUGUCUCACGCAUCAGUUUCAUGGGGCGCGACAUCAUAUGGCUCCCUCCAGGCUAUCGUCCUUUUAAAUUUGGUGCCACGACAAGUGCCGAAACCCUGGAAAGUGAGCCCGCGAUGGCUAAGAUGGCUCUGUCGACGCCGUCAGGUGCAACUGUUGUCAUUGGAGUUUUGGUUUCAGAGCUAUCAGCCGUAUUACAGGUGCCGACCCCGACAGGAAGAGAGCGAAGUUGA